GGCUGGUACAUUAGCGUGUUGGCUAUCCAUUAUCAGAGUUUAUUGACCUCUGCUCAACUUAGUGAUAUGAGAAAACACUGGGUUGCGACGAAUGAGGAAUGAGUAAACAAUGUUUCAUAGAAUAGGGAACACUGCUGUCUGUUCAUGACGGCACAAACAAAACCAAUAGGUAUUGUCACUGCAGUGUGAAGAAAUGUCACACUCCUGGUUAGCAGGGAGUGACAGAAGCUUCUGGUAGCGUUACAGUUCAUAUGAUAGAAGGAAGUGCUCACAAGCUGAAAAUAGGCUGAGCUGACAUACAUCUUACAGAGACUCAUAGUGAGCAUUCAGCUGUGAGAAAAGGGUUAAUUCUGACUGAAUCAUGUCAGACAGUAUACUAGAAGAAAUCUUCAUUAAACGAUCUCAGCAGAAGAAGAAGACGUCCCCUUUGAACUACAAAGAGAGAUGGUUUGUUCUCACUCAUGAGAAAAUAGCCUACUAUGAUUUUGAUCCUGACAAAGGGAAGCGAAAGGGUUUGAGAGGAUCAGUUGACCUUGAGAAGAUCAAGUGUGUAGAGACGGUCCAGCCAGAGCCCAAUUCCCCGCAUGAGCGCAUGUAUGCUUUCCAGGUCAUCUAUGAUGAAGGGCCGCUGUACAUCUUUGCAAAGAAUGAUGAUAUUCGGGCUCAAUGGAUAAAGAAGUUGAAAGAAAUGGUGCGCUUCAACAAGGAUCUGAUGCAGAAAUACCAUCCUUGUUUCUGGGUCGACGGGGUGUGGCUGUGCUGCCAGCAGGAAGUUAAACAAGCUAUGGGUUGCAAGGUGUUGGAUAGUAAGAAUGGCUUUACAUCUAAACCCUCUCGGCGAAGGGGAUCCAGGAAACCUCUUCCUCCCACCCCAACAGAGGAGAAGCCUGGUCGGCCAUUACCUCCACAGCCUCCUCCGCCACCUCCCCCUUCUGCAGGCAUGACUGUCAUAGCUGAGUAUAAUUACACACCUAUGACAGAACAAGACCUGGAGCUGAGGAAAGAUGAGGAGUACACCAUCCUGGAGAUGGCUGACACAAACUGGUGGAGAGCCCGAGACAAAUAUGGCAAAGAAGGAUACAUACCUAGUAAUUAUGUUGUGGAAGCUGGAAAUGGGCUCGAAAGAUUUGACUGGUACUGCAAGAAUAUGCACCGUAGCCAGGCAGAGGAGCUGUUAAAGAGUGAGAACAAAGAUGGCGGCUUCUUGGUACGAGACUCAAGCAAGGCGGGGAAAUACACCGUGUCUUUGUUCAGUAAGGGAGGCGGGGAAACAGGUGGAAGCUGCAGACAUUAUAACAUCUGCACCACCCCACAGGGCCAGUUUUAUCUUGCAGAGAAGCACAAUUUCAGCACCAUCCCAGAACUCAUCAACUACCACCAGCACAAUUCAGCAGGUAUGGUUAGCAGGCUGAAAUACAUUGUAUCUAACCGGACGCAGCCUCCAUCAACAGCAGGGCUUGGCUAUGGUGUGUGGGAGAUUGACCCCCGUUACCUCACCUUCAUCAAAGAGUUGGGCACUGGUCAGUUCGGAGUGGUGAAGUAUGGGAAAUGGCAGGGCCAGCACGACGUGGCCAUUAAGAUGAUUAAAGAGGGCUCUAUGUCUGAAGAUGAUUUCAUAGAAGAGGCCAAAACCAUGAUGAAGCUUCGCCAUGAGAACCUGGUCCAGCUGUACGGCGUCUGCACCAAACAAAGACCCAUUUACAUAGUAACUGAGUUCCUUUCGAACGGCUGCUUGCUGACUUACCUCAGAGAGGGCCUGAAGCAGCACCCGACAACUGUCCAGCUCCUAGAGAUGUGUAAAGACGUCUCUGAGGGCAUGGCAUAUCUUGAGUCAAACCAGUACAUCCACAGAGACCUGGCUGCGAGGAACUGUUUAGUAGAUGGCAAUGGUACUGUUAAAGUGACUGACUUUGGACUGUCAAGGUAUGUCUUAGACGAUGAAUACACAAGCUCAGCAGGUUCCAAGUUCCCUGUUCGCUGGUCGCCUCCUGAGGUCCUCCUCUACUGCAAAUUCAGCAGCAAGUCAGACAUCUGGGCAUAUGGGGUUCUUAUGUGGGAGGUCUACACUUUGGGGCGGCUUCCAUAUGAACGCCUAAACAACACAGAAAUAGUGGAACAAGUGUCCAGAGGCCUGCGCCUCUACCGCCCCCAGCUGGCCAAUGAAAGGGUCUACAGCAUUAUGACAAGCUGUUGGUUUGACAAACCAGAUGAGAGACCCACCUUUCAAGAGCUGGCAAUGACUGUUCAGGAUUUGCUGUAUGAGCUGCAGUAGACCUCAAAAUAAUCCACACCAUCACACACAGACAGAUCACUCUGAUCCCCACAGAGCAACAUCUCCAAAUGUCCCUGGGAAGUUAACACAAUGAAAAGAACAGUUAACAACUUGAACAUGAGACAUCACAGCCACACUGCAGUCCUCUCUAAUGUGAAUAUGUGUAAUGUGAAUGUCACAAUAACUCAGUGCUUAGAAUAGCUUGCCUAUCACGUAAGUACAGUCCUAUAGAUCAGCAUUUAAAAUGUGUAUAUUUUAUUGAAGGUUAUUGGAUUAAAAAAUAUUGUAUCUGU